CUCUGUUUUAAUAGGUCACUGGAUGGCUGGCUGUAUACGUACAGUACUGUAGGUGGAAACACAGCUCAGUGGUCAGUAUAAGUAGAGUAGAGGCAGUGUGCCAUGUUCUCUGCUGAUGCCCAACCCCUUGCCUUCCCCGUUUUGCAGUUGUGUCCACACAGCCAGUGACCCGAUUAAAGGAGGCUCCGGCCAGCCCGUCUAUCCCAACAGUGGCCUUCCUGGUGAUGGGGGCGCUGUUCUUCCUGCUGCUGGCAGUGCUGGGUGUUCUGCUGUUCCGGAGCAGAACGCUGAGGAGAGCCCCUCUGCAUGAAGCCGUCUACGAGGAGAUCGAGUACAAACUGGCUAGAGGGGGAACCUACAGCGCCCCCCGGUGGGGGAGAGGCCUUGCGGAGGAUCCGCCCUCUGGGCAUGCAGAUGUAGGGGACGGCGAGGGACACUCCCUCUCAGGAGAUCAUGUGACAGAUACAGAGGAGAAUUAUGAUGAUGCCGUGACUCUGGACUGGAUUCAAGUGAUAUAGAAUUACAAGAUCACAGCAGGUAUUUGCUGAAAAUGAGCCUUUCCCUGACUGUGUCUGUCUGUCUCCUGAUCCAUCCCUGUAGGGGAGAGUGUUCUGGCUGAAAGCCCUCCAGCUCCCAGUGGGAUGGACUAUGAUGAUGUGGGGGAGUAGCCUCCUGAAAGAGGAGGAGCACUGUGAGAUUGACAGUUUCAACUUCGGAAGUGUCCACCCACAAGUUUGGAUAGAAGAACUUACAUGGACUCCUUUAUCCUACACAUCUCAAGCAAAAUGUUUUAAUGUGAUAAAACCAUAUCCCACUAGAUCAGUUAUUCAUUAAUUAAUAAUUGACCUGAAAUUACUUCCAGUGGACUCCUUAGCUCAUUCAUAAAUUAGCUCAUUGGAAAUGCUGGUACAUUCAUUGAGAACAAUAGCUUGCAUUCACUGACACAAUGAGACAGUUACUUUUUCUGACCAAGAUGAUAAUGUACAGCUUAAACUACAUCAAGUCAGUACUGGCCACUUCAAUAUGAAAUUAAUGCAUCACAAUUUUUGGAAUGUAAAAAUGAAAACUGAGCUUUAGCCUUGCUUUAGAUUUGUUUGUAUUUCCAUUAAACCCUUUCAGUUUUGGCUGCUGUGUUCAUCAUGUGCAGGUCAGAGCUGUACAUGUUGGCUCUCUGAUUGACACGUGGAAGGGUGGCCAGAAAGCACUUAUCCAGCAUCCCGACAUGCUCCUUUGCAAGAUCACAUUUUUCCAGAUGCUUUUAUUGCACAUAGCUGAUGAGUUUGUUCAUCAUACCAUUUGAGCAGAAUAUGAACAAGGCACUAAGUCUGCACUGGCUGCUUUGUUACUAUUCAAAACUUUUUCACUACUACUAAUUACAUACUGCUUUCAUUACUACAACUUGUUUAAAAUGUUUUAACAAAAAAUAUUUUUUAACGACCUUUUUAUAUAUGUAGUUUUUAGAUAUUUUGAUUCUAUAUCUUGGAGAAUUACACUGCUUUUGAUAGGCAAGAUUUUAUAAAAAUGAAAUAUGAUAUUUAGCUAAAAUGCUCACAAUGUAUUUCUUAGCCUUCUUAAGCAAUACCAGUAUUUUUAACAGCUGUAUGUCAAUAAGACAUUUUUAAAUUAAACUUAAAGGCUGAUUAAA